CGAAGAUACUCCACAGGCGCACCCAUUGCGCCACGAUCGAACACAAUGGCCGUCGACGCGAUGGAAAUCGAUUCGGACCAGGUCCCAAUUGCCGUACCUUCCCCUGAAAAAGAGCGCAAGCGCAAGCACAAGAACAAGGAUGUAUCAUCCUCAUCCCCGUCAAAGAAGAAGCGCAAGCACGAAUCGAGCCAAUUCACCGACGAAACUGCCGCUCAUGACAGUGAAAAGAAGAAAAAGAGCAAGAAGUCUAAGGAUAAGGCGAAGAUCAAACAGGCUGGCACAGAAGAAACAGCAAUUCCAGGCUCGCCUUUUGUUCUGACCACCGCAACACUCUAUCUUCCUCUAUCGCCCAUCUCGAUUUCCCCGACUCAUGCUAAAGCCUCCCUUCUGGCGGAACAUCUCUCCCCUCUCCUUCUUACUUACUAUGCUCCCCUUCAAGGAAUCGUUCUGGCCUACUCUGAUGCCUCGAUAUCGAGUACUCCGCCAUCCCCAUCUACGUCCUCUGAUCCCGCAGAUCCCAACCCGAAACCAUUAACACUCGCCAAGACAGCAGGCGAAUACGGUGUGCUGUACGUUUACCUGACUGCAACAUUUCUGGUUUUCCGGCCACAGAGAGGUCAAAUUCUCGAAGGAUGGGUCAACGUCCAGUCCGAAGGCUUCCUGGGCGCCGUUGUGCUCAACCUCUUCUCCGUCGGUAUUGAGCGCAAGAGACUCCCCACGAACUGGAAAUGGGUCCCACCAGGUGAAGAAGGCAGCGUUAGCGGAGACCAGCAAAAAACAACCACCGCAUCCGAAGAUGAUGAAUCCGAACCGUCUGCCUCCUUCGAUCAAGAAAAAGAGCACUUCAAUCCCGUCUCGUUGGCAAACCCCGUCUCCGACACCCUCAAUGAAGAAAUCAAUGCUGAGGACGACGAGUCUGCUGCAGAGGGCUACUUCCAGUCUGUAUCUGGUCACCGUGUACGCGGCACUGUCCGUUUCCGAGUCGUCGAUGUCGACGUCAUCCCCGGUUCGGAGCGCGAUCGCAGUUUUCUUAGCAUUGAGGGCACGAUGCUCUCCCCGGAGGAGGAAGCCAGAGUGCUUGAAGAUGAGCGUAACGGUAUCUUGACCACGUCUGCCACCCCACGGAGGGGACUUAGUCAAGAACCCCGGGUUUCCAUGUCCGGCGCACUAGCAGCGCCAUCGGUAGCUGCUAUCCCAGAACCAGAAACUCCCAGCAAGACCAAGGAGCCGAAGGCCGAGAAGGAGAAGAAAUCCAAAUCAUCCAAGUCCAAGAAGAAAGAAAAGAAGGAGAAAUGAUCUAUGAAUCGAGUUUAACUCUGAGCUUACUCCGUCUCGAUUAAAUUCAAUCAAGUUAUGUUUGUGUAUAGAAGUUAGCAUUUCAUGUUCUAUAUUAUUAUUAUUAUCAUGUUGGGCGUUAG